AUGGACCACGGUGAUCGAGGGGCGCUUGCGAUUUCGUCGACAUACAUAUACUCGGAGGAGCUAGGGAGCUCGAAAUGGAUGCAACUCAGUUGCAUCACUAACAGGGCUAAUCAUGAAUUAUAUUGUGGCAGGACAGAUUCUCAGGGAAGGGUCAGCUGCUUUAAGAGCGCAGGCCAAAUUGCUGGAGAAAAUGAAGCUACGCUGCUGGCCUCUAACAGGCCGGGAAAGAGCAACGCAGUAUUAAGGCUGUACAAGAGCUACUUGACACUGAGUACCCGGCAUGGUAUGACAUCGGAGCAAUUCAAAGUGGCAUUUCUAGUUUUUGUCCUGUCAACGCUCUUUGUUCCAGGAGCAAAGCAUGAUCAUGUCUGUGUAGACUACUGGGGUGCCCAUCAUGUAUUCAUUUAUGUGACUGGGCAGACUACUACAUCCAUACUAAACUGCUCGCAUCAGUUAGCAACUUCAAGUCGGACUCUAAGUCAGGAUGCCGACACGGAAUUUUAA